UAAACCUCUCGUCUUGGGAGAAAGCAACUAACGAUGGAGCCCUCUGGAAGGGACCCUCCCACAGGCCACAGUGGCCAUUCCCGUCGGUCCAUUGCUUUCAAGGACUUCUCUGACAUUUUGAGUUACCUCGCGUCACGUGUGCGCAGCAUUGAUCCGUGCGAUGGGAGCUAUGAUGACCUGGAGGCCAUCGAGAGCGAUCUGCAGCAGCUGCAGCAAGCGCACAUCACCCACCAGAUCCUCAGACUGCGGGCCGGAGAGGCCAUCGUGCUGCCGGGGAGAAACCAGAGGAUUGCACCCGCUGACAUGCCUGGUGAGACGAGAGAGAGGGGGGAGGAGCUGAUGGCUGUGUGUCUGGGAGGGAGGGAGGCAGCUGGAUACAUACGUCUGGUGACGACGCGACAUCUGGUGCUCCCGUCUGUUGCGUGCGAUGAAUGUUGUCGAUGCAGAGUUCCUGAGUUUGCUUCGUGCGGACCGUCUGCCUGUCUCACUGACCCACGUGGGCCUCAACGCGCUCCCCAAUGGCCCUCCCUCGGACCUCACACUCUUCACACACAGCGGGGCCAUGGCUGCCCCACCACCACCAGUGGCCCUCGAGGGCCCUCCAAGCGACAACCAGGAGCCGUCAGCCGUCAACUCACCCGUGCUGUCUGGCCGGCCGCCCAGCCGCCAGAGCAAGGUCGCAUCAGCUGCGCCGGCACUCCCGCCUGUUCCCGCAGUCUCUGUGUUCAAACCGUCCAAGGCGCCGGUCAAGCGGAGUCUCUCCAACGAGAACGAUGAGCGGAAGGAGAGCCAGGAAGACGCUGCUGCUGCAGCAGGGGGACCGGAGAGUGCGGCUAAGAGGAUGCGCGCGGGCGAUGUGGGCGUGUCGGCCUCGUCAUCGGGUCGUCGAGUGAUCAAGUCUGUGGAUGAUGACAUCGACGACGACGAUGAGGUCAUCCGGGGGUUCACCCUCAGCAAGGGGGUCAAGAAGGAGCGCGACCUACAGCAGCAACAGCAGCGAGAGCAGGCCGAUACCAUCGACCAAGAUUUGAUUGGGAUUGUGUCCUUGUCGCGCGACCGCGGCAAAGACAAGAAGGCCAAGAAGGCCGAGAGAAAGGAGGAGAGGGAGGGGGAGAGAGGGGAAGAGGUCGGCCGCGAGAGCAGGGGCAGCGUGGACGGCCAGCAGCAGACCAAGGCUGACGGUGGUGUCAAGAUCAUGAAGCUCAAGAAGGUCAAGAAGAAGAACCGCCUCAAGAAGAGUCCAGACCGACACAACGAGGGAGAGGCACUAUCGGGUGGGUCGCGCACACGCACACGCACACGCACACACACACAGAAAAGACAGUCACCCGCCCUUCUCGCGUCUCUCUUUAUUCUGUGUCAGGUUCGUCCAAGCCCUCUGUGUCACAGCCAUCGUCCUCCCAGCCAACAUCAUCUCCCCCCAAGCCGGCAGCAGAGAAUCCAUCAACCAUGAGUGUGUCUGGGCCGUCGCCCCCGCCCUCCUCGGAGAGACCCCCUCAGCCUCCCGUGCCCUCGUCAGAGAAGAAGUCGGUCUUCUCCCUGCCGCAGAUCAAGCGCAAGGACAAGGACAGCAAAAAGAAAAAGAAACCCACUCCUGUCGUUGCAGUAGCAGCCACAGCCGCCACCACCACCACCACCAGCCACCACCAGGAGCCGGCACGCGUGCCCUCUCCCCCGCCCCCGCCGCCACCCAAGGACACAUCGACCUCCCGUGCCAGCGAUGCAGACCGCACUAAUGACGACCGGGGCCGCGACUCGCCGCGCCGGCAGUUUCCGUGGUCGCGUGAGUCACGUGCAUCACGGACGUCUUAUCCGUGGGAGCGUGACCGUCGCGGGUCGUCCAACCGAUGGGACAAACGGCACAGAGACCGAGACCGGUCGAAAUCUCGCGACAGAGACCGCUACGACCGGCGUUACUCGCGGAGCCCCAGGAGGGAGAGGUCGAGGGGCCGACGGGAUCGUGACGAGAGGAGCCGCGAGAGGGACAUGCGGCGGCGAUCGAGAGACAAGGGGCGGUAUGACAGCAGGGAGAGGGACCGGUCGUGGGACAGGCGUCGUGAUAGCAAAGAGAGGAGCCGUUCGAGGUCAUCGGAUUACCGACGCCGGACACAAGACAGCGGUGGGCCGUCCUCGCCUUCCCAUGCCCCAUACGAGGGCGACAACGACCGAUCAAGACAGAGAGGUAACGCCGCCCACACACACGUGCCGUCUCGGCAUUCCGGCCUCAUUCAUUCAUUGAUGCUUUUGUCAUAUAUCUGUCUGUGUGUGCAGAUGUCUCGGUGGCCCUCGCUCCCUCUCCGACCCAGGAGAUCGCCAGUCUGGUGCAGCAGCUGGCCCAACAGCAGCAGCAGAAACAGCAACAGCAGCGACAGGCUGCUGCUGCAGCCGCCGCGGCGGUCAUCGCUGUUGCGGCAAGCAAGGCGGCCGUAUCGCCUUCUGUGAGUCCUGUCAAUGCACCCCCAUCCCGCAUUCCCGGGCUGUACUCAGCCGUCUCCCACCGAGUGGCGCCUGACGCCGUGUCGCCAUCAGUGAGGGGACAGCCACCACCUCCCCCUCCCCCGCCCCCACCACCGCCUCCCCCUCCACCCCCUCCAGAGGACAAGCGCCCAUAUGGAAGGUGAGUGUGACCACACUCCCGCCGGGCUAACAUGCAUGUGUGGGUAUGUGAUGUGUCCUCAGGGGCAGGCGUGAGAGCUACGGCCCCCGAGGCGGUCGCCACACGCGGCAGCAUGGUGACCAAGGGCCCUCAUCGUGGAACAGACACCACCGAGGGGUGCCGCGCAACCUUCCCAACCUCCAGCAAGUCUACCAGCAGCAGCAGGGGCCCUACCCGCCCCCCCAGCCGUCCCAGCCCCACUUCCCUCCACCUGUAUUGAUUCCACCGCCCUCAGCCCAUCACGCGCCGCUGCGUCGUACCGACUCGGGUGCGUCAACUGGGCGCCGUCGCUCGUACUAUCCUGAGAGGGAGAUGGCUCCUCCCAGCAGCAAGCCGGCCGCCGCUCCGUCGUAUACGAUGCCAGACGAGAGCAAGAUAGCCCGGCUGGCAGCGGCCUUGAGCAAGAGUGGCGGUGACGAGGACGAGGGAGACGAGGAGGAAAUCAUGGGCCCCUCGCCGUCUCCAACACCGGGUGAGCAAAGCAAGCUGCCCUGCCCAUCCACAUGUACUUACUGUGCUGUCGGCAGCCGCAUCGCAUUGAUUGCCAUUGGUACUUUAUUCCGUGUCAGGCUCCGAUGACCCCGCGCCACCUGGUGUGGAGCAGUCCCGGGCCCGGUCAGCUGCUGGCAAGAGCACCAACACAGGCGGCAGUGGCCCUCCCGCCCCGCCAUUCGCCCAGUUCGCAGCCUUGUCCAAGUUGUUUGCGGAGGGCAAGGUUCCCAAGCUGCCUCCCCCCGUGCCGCCUGCCGUCUUGGCGCAGAGCAUCGCCGGCAGCGACGUGGCCAAACAGAUCAACGGACACAACCAAAGCAGCACCGACCUACUCAAGGUGAAGGGCUUGGGGGUGGGCAGGGCAGCCAUGGAACGAACACUGUUGGCGUGAGUAGGUGGUGGAGAUGGAUCUCGGGUGUGGAGAGUUUGUGUGUGUGUGUGUGUGUGCGUGCCUUCAGUUGUUGAAGAUCGCGAAGCUGCUGCCACCGCAGGGCGGGACCGGCGGGGGAGCCAGCAGCAAGACUGGAUGAGCCAAUCCAAUCACUCUGUCAGCCGACACACAAAGGACCGACUGUGUAGACAGACGGGGCGGCUAGCCGGCCGUGCCGUCACACACAUUUUCGCAUCCAUCAUGACUGAAUGGGGCCGGUGUGGUGUGCGUCCAUUCUCGCACGGGUUUUCUGGGUCGGUCGGUUGAUUGGUCUGUCUGUCUGAUGGUGUGGCCGAUGGGCGGAUUGGAGUGACCGUAGGUACGAUGAGUGUGUCUAUUUGCCCAGCGAGCGAGGCUUUUAACAGACCAGCCUGACCGUGACUGUGUCCAUGAGUGCUGCGCAGUUGUGCAACCAAGCAGAAC